AUCUUUCCAUAUAUGAUCAGGGGCAAGUAACUCGUGGGUCACCUGCUUUUGAGGGAUACCAUCUAGUCAUCACCGUUCUGCACGCUCGGCGGUUGUUUUAAGAAAAUCAGUUUCUAUCACAGUAAAACACCAGGUGUUCAUCACGUGCUCAUUUCGUCUUCCUGGUGAUUUAAUCCGCUCCACUCCUUUGAAAUUUCGUCUAGAUUCCGGAUGUUUAGAAUAUGCCGAUGCAUACAAUGGAAUAUAAAAUUUUGAGGACAUUUUGCGUUGCCCUGUUUGGUCUUCCUCUGAUCUGCGAGUCUCGUCGAUACUGUUAUACGACAGGUUAUGGAAGCUACACGUACACAUGUGUUUACAGAUCGUCUAUUCCUGACGUUUUUGGAAUUUCGUAUGGCGGUGUGACUGGCGUAGGACUUCUGGUUUCAUUGUUUGUAUUUAUCCUCUGUAAAAGUAAACAGAGUCGAUCAAACAACAGUAGAGCAACACACCAAACUCUGACAAAUGUUGGAUAUAUUCCUUCAGAACAACUACUCGUAGUCCCUGGUCAGUCAGGAAUCAUGCAAACUACACCCCCACAAGGUACUGUGAUAACCAAUUCUGGACAACCUACUCACCCACAAGGUACUGUGAUAACAAAUGCUGGACAAACUAUACCCCCACAAGGUACUAUGAUGACAAAUUCUGGACUUCUCACGGGAAACCAGCCACUACAGAUACAAAUGCAUGGACAGACACAAGCCGGGUGUGUCACAUGUGGCGCAGGUGGAACAACACAAAUGUCCCAACCUGCAGCACAAUUGGAACAAAUGAAGAAACAAGAUCAUCCACCACCGUACAGCCGACCAAUUUAACCAAACUGUUUAAUUUAUGCACUUUGUCUCCGUUAAAAAUAUCUCAUAUUUUACCUUCUUUUUUAUACGCUUGAGCGUUUUUUAUCUUGUUCAAAUAUCAUAUGAAACUUUAUUUUCUAAUGUUACAUGUAUGUAUACAUGUAGCUACUCUAUAUUUUCCUUUCGUCGUGUAUCAUAAAUAUAUGAUAGACACAUGAACUCUGAAUAUUUUCAAUUUACAUUUUUAUAAUUACUUAACUGAUUGAAUGCACUACGCUUUAAAGGUCAACGACUGCAGUUCUUCAGAUUUUUUACUUUCUUUUUCCAAUCAGACUUGUUUGUUGUACGACAGUAUAUUAUUAACUGAAACUCGUUGAGUGAUGUGUGAAAGCGUUAAACUAUUAGAAGAUCACAUCUAUAUCACAAAAAUAUGGUAUGUGUAUUGGCAUUUUCUUUCAUGAAAUAAAUUCAUCUUCUAAA